CCUGACCGCCUCUCCGUGCUGAAGCAGGCGCCGGGCACGUCCACGGACCCGCUGCUGGCGAAGCUCGUGGCCGACAAGAUCAGCAAGAUCGAGUCCGAGGCCAAGCCGCGGCAGUCCCAGGCUGAGGAGGCGCUCCGCAACGCCUCGGGCGUUUGGCGGGACGCAUCGCUGAAACACAAGCAGGCCGUCAACGCCGCGGUUGAGGCCCAGGACAACCUGGCCAAUGCGCAGCAGCGCGAGCGCGAGACGGCGCUUACGCUCGCCAAGGCAGAGGCCGCCCGCCGCCUCUCGGCCCAGGGCAUGGCCAAGGAGUUGGGCAUCACGCCAGCGAGCGAGGUGAAGGAGGUGCUUUUCGAGGUCAAGAUCGACGAAGCGUUCUUCCACCAGGCCGAUGACCUGGACAUCGAGGCGUCAGACCGCCAGGCGCUCAAGGGGCUCGAGCAGGAGCUCAGGGGCGCCAAGAUGCACAUGGGCGGCAAGCGCGCGGAGGUCAAGUCGCGGCAGAAGCGCACGACGGCGCUGCGCCAGGAGAUCGACGAGCGCCUG